AUGUCGAAGCAGACACAAAGAAAGAAGAAUGUACAAGUGGUUGUAAGAAUAAGGUAAGGGAUUUUUUUUUUUAUAAUUUGUUUAGACCGUUGAAUGGGAAGGAGAUCAUGGAGAAGGGACGGAGUGUAGCUUCGAUUGACCGUGACACGAAAGUUGUUUACUUGCGAGACAAACUUAAUAUGAGGCAGUUUGGCCCAUUCGACCGAGCAUACGACGAAGAUGCCUCUCAGAUUGUGGUAUACAAAGAAGUUGUAGCUCCGUUAAUUUCACAGGUUUUGAAUGGUUACAACUGCACUGUUUUCGCGUGAGUUACUAGAUUGAUUGAACAUAAAAUGUCUGUUCAGCUACGGCCAAACAGGAUCUGGGAAAACAUACACAAUGGAAGGACAUCACGACGACAAUGGAGAAUUCUCAUGGGAAGACGAUCCGAAGGCAGGAAUAAUUCCUCGUGCGCUACAUCAUAUUUUUACAACACUUGAGACCGAAGUAAGUUAACUUUAAUUGAUGUUCAUGUGUUUAGAAACCCGAAGAUUAUAGUGUUCGGGCGUCGUACGUUGAGUUGUACAACGAGCAAUUGUUUGACCUGCUGAGCGUCAACAAUCAGCCCCUGAGAGUGUAUGAUAAUAAGGAGAACGUAAGUUUUUUUUGAUUAUGUUAGUUUGCUUUAAAGGGAAUCGUGAUUUCGGGCAUGGAAGACACUCCCGUGAGAAGUAGAACCGAGGUUUACGAGAUUUUGAAGAGAGGAGCUGAGAAAAGAAAGACUGCUGCUACCUUGAUGAAUAUAAGUUCAAGGUGAGGGCCCAUUUCGUUUUUUAUUUCUUUUAGUCGAUCUCAUUCGGUGUUCACUCUUACGGUUACCACCAGACAAACAAUUGAUGAUGAGGAAUUACUUCGGGUUGGGAAGAUUCAUUUGGUUGACUUGGCUGGAUCGGAAAAUGUUGGAAGAUCCGGGGCUGUCGAUCAGAGAGCCCGCGAAGCAGGGAACAUCAACACUUCUUUGCUCGCUCUGGGGCGAGUAAUCAACGCUCUCACCUCGAAUGCAGCCCAUAUCCCAUAUAGAGAGUCAAAGCUGACCCGUAUCCUACAGGAUUCUUUGGGGGGAAAGACGAUUACCACUAUUAUUGCGACUCUCAGCCCAGCUUCGACAAAUUUGGAAGAGUCUGUUUCUACUUUGGAAUAUGGGCAGAGAGCCAAGAACAUCAGAAAUAAUCCCGAAGCCAACAAAUGUGUCUCCAGGAAGCGGAUUUUGCUGGCUUACGAUGAGGAAAUUGCGAGAUUGCAGAAGGAUUUGGCGUCAGCUAGAUGUGGACAAGGAUUUUACGUCGAUAAAGAGAAUUAUGAGUAGGCUGAGACAUUUAUUUUAAAUGCACGCAUUUUUUUAGGCAAAUGCAAAAUGAGAAUGCCGAGAGCCGUGAAAAACUGGAGAAUCUUGAAGCUGAACUGGCGGAAAAAUUGACAAAGUUGAUGAAUGUAAUUAAUGUUUAAAGUCAUUAUAAUUAUUUUGUAGAUGACAGAAGAUUUGUCCUUCAUGGAUGAACAGUAUCAAAGAGCAUACCAAGACCUUAAGGCACGAACGGCAAGAUACGAAAGAAGAGUCAGGGAAAACGAAAAGCUAAAAAAAGAGCUGAGCGAUAUGUCUAACAGCUAUAACUCCGCCGUUGACGCUCUGCAGAUCUUCGAAGGUGUUGCCGAUAAACUGAGAGCUCGGGAGAAGAAAGUAAGAAUAUUUAUUUUGCAGUGGGGAUAUGAUACAGCCAUCAAAAAUGUACUUUUUCACGAUGAAAGGGAGCGGGAAUUCGAAGCAGUUUUUUUGGUCAGAAAAGGGAGGUGUUUUUCGGGAUUUUUACUACCUCCUGGAAACAAAAUUGCACAUUUUUGUCGACUAGAUCAGGUCUCCCGCUUUAUACAGGGUGUACCAAUUUUAUGGCCCGAUUUUAAUUCGCUAUAACUUCUUUAAUUUUGGGCCAAAUUUUUUAAUUCUUUUUUCCCAAAAUCCUCAGACGUCCUCAUUUUGCUUAAUACCAAAUAUGAUAUACAAAGGUAAGUCGAACAUAUAGUUAUGGGCUGUUAUAUUUGGUUUCAUUUUUUGGUCGUAUUUUCGGUCGUUAAAUUUGGCCCAAGAUUAAAGAAGUUAUAGCCAAUUAAAAUAGGGCCACAAAAUUGGUACACCUUGUACAUUGUUUCCGUGUCUUAAAAUAUUUUUUCAGCAUCAUGAGACGGCUUUGACGUUUUACGAAGAAUUAAAUCAAGCGCAGAACAAGAUUGAACAAUUCAGGGACAUGAACGAGAAAAACGACCAUCUAAUGGGAGAAUUCUCUGCGGACUUCAUAAACAAGAGUAACAAAACGAAGACAGAAGUCGUCGAAAACGUCAGAGAAAAGAGCAAGGUGACGGUCUCUGAACUUGAAACGAAAUGUAAGGUUGACAUUGUAUCGGUGUUAUUUUUAAUGUCGUAUUCUAGUGUUUGGUUUAAAAGAUGACAUCACUCGGAAGUUGGAAACAAAUGAGGAAUCUGCUGCCAAUGUGAUUAAGCAGGUCAAAUCAAUGUCCGAGUCCAUCAAAUCAGUCCUUGAUGGUCAUGAUAUUCAGUUGGAGGACUCGUUCAGCAAAGUCAAGGAGCUUCUGCUGUCUUUCUUUGUAAGAUUUCGCCUUUAGGGUGCACUUACAGUUGAAGUGCCCCAAGUGCGGCAUUGAGAUUUUGAUGAAACUAGGCAUCGUUUUCUUAUCUGAAUGUCUGCCUUUUAUUUGAGCGUUGAAAUUGGGAUAUUUCCCUUUUUAAAGCAAUUUAUUUUUAGAAAGACAUCUCCCAACAUUUUACCGACAAGUCCAACCAACUUGAAGGAAUCCUGAAGAAGAUUGAGGAAUUCUUCACUCUUUUCAAUGUUUAUAAGGACAGAAUGGAGGUAGAGGUCAGUGUUUAAACGAAUCACUGAUAAGUAUUGUUGUAGAAUAAUUGAAACAGAUUUUAGAUUAUCAAUCUUACAAAAAUGAGUGAUGAGAAGUGCAGAAAUACCGACGAUCUUCUGUGCAAUGUGCUGGAGAUGACCACGAAGUUGAUUGAACAGAACAAAUCCAACAAGAGAUGCUAUGACGAAGCAUUUGAGAACAUGAAGAAACCACUUCUUAACAUCACUGAAGCCACUUCCAUUAUCCGAGACGUGGUUCUUCCGAUCAAAAAGAUAAAAACAGAGUCCGAGGAAAUGAAUGCCGUAAGUGUUUGAGAUCGUACUGUAUUUGUAAUGCCUGUCUCAGGUUUCCAACGCAACGAAUACUGCUUCAAGUCAACGACUAGAUGAGAUGAAGAAGAAUUUGAUUGAGAAAACUGGUAAAGUCAGAAAUGAAGUGAAAACGGCGGAGGAAACCAUCAACGCACAGUGCGAGGAGGUGGUCUCUUUGGCCAAGGAAAGCGAGAUUAGGUUGGAAGAAGGGUCAGAAGAAGUCUUUACGUUGGCUGAGAAAGAGGUCAGGAUUUUUUCUAGUUCAUGCUUUAAUUAGUGAUUGAAAGUAUUAGGUUUGUUUUUCAGGACGAAUAUAUCCAAACCAAUUGUGACCAAUUGGAGAAGUACUUGGAGUCAUCAAAAACAGAGGUGGAGAGGUUUGUCCAUCAUCAGUUCUUACGGGAAUCUCACUCUGGAAACACUCCAAGCAGAAGGGGGAACACUGAUCUCAUGUCGGCCACCUUUUCUCCCAUCCCUAGCAAAGAUCAACUCCUCAAACAAACCGCUAAAACUCCUCAACGAAUGUCCAUCUUCAGAGUCAGGGAUACAAUUCUCGAUCAGAAGUUGCCUUUGGACAGUCCCAAUACUCUCAAGUCACAACUCCCAUCAGUAUUGGCAGCCAAGAGAGAAGAAGAAGAGAACGGACUUUAA